CUCCCCCCGCAGAGGAAGGCCGGGCUCAAAGAUGGCGGCGGCGGAGGAGCGGCUCCUGUCGGAGGGGGAAGGCGGCGCCCUGUGCUCGGCGCGGCUCUCCCCGCCCCCGCUCCCGCAGGCUCCCGAGGCCCCGGCGCUGCUGGAGCAGCCUCCGCAGAGCAACACGCUCAUGGGGCUGCCCAUCGUGGCCAUCGAGAGCAUCCUCAGCUUCCUGUCCUACGACGAGACGAGCCAGCUCCGCCUGGUUUGUAAACGAAUGGACUUGGUUUGCCAGCGAAUGCUGAAUCAGGGAUUUCUAAAAGUGGAAAGAUAUCACAACUUGUGUCAAAAGCAAGUUAAAGCUCAGCUUCCAAGACGGGAGUCGGAAAGAAGGAACCAUUCAUUAGCUCGUCAUGCAGACAUCCUUGCUGCUGUAGAAACAAGACUUUCUCUGUUAAAUAUGACUUUCAUGAAGUAUGUGGAUUCCAAUCUCUGCUGCUUCAUACCUGGAAAGGUAAUAGAUGAAAUUUACCGCGUGCUAAGAUAUGUAAACUCUACAAGAGCUCCUCAGAGAGCUCAUGAAGUUCUUCAAGAACUAAGGGACAUUUCUUCCAUGGCUAUGGAAUAUUUUGAUGAGAAGAUUGUUCCAAUACUGAAAAGGAAACUGCCUGGGUCAGAUGUAUCAGGACGUCUGAUAGGAGCUGCCCCAGUUCCAGGGCCCUCAGCAGCUCUGACAACCAUGCAGCUGUUCUCCAAGCAGAACCCUUCAAGGCAGGAAGUCACCAAACUCCAGCAGCAAGUAAAAGCGAACGGUGCGGGUGUGACAGGGCUAAAGCGGGAAAUCUCAGAGCUUCGCACCAAAGUGCAAGAGCAGCAGAAACAGCUCCAAGACCAAGAUCAGAAACUGCUAGAGCAAACACAAAUCAUAGGUGAACAGAACGCCCGACUGGCUGAGCUUGAACGCAAGCUGCGAGAGGUGAUGGAGAGUGCAGUAGGAAAUUCGUCAGGUUCUGGCUCAAACGAACAAUCUCCUAGAAAACGGAGGAAGGCGGUUGAAUCCACAGACUGUCCUAGGAAAUCUAAGCGCCUUCGAAACAGAAAAUAACUUGGGAGGAAAUGACCCCUUCAGGAGGAUACACUGCUUUAGUAGCCCAAGCAGGUCUGCUUCUAUGGAUACUGGGACUAGUUUCAUGGUGUCGGUUAGGCUGCUGGCUCUUCAGAACACCACUUAGACUCGAACAGCAAUUUUCUUUCAUUGAGACUUUUCCCCUGCUUUCUGUAUGGGUGGGCCUAAUGCACAGGAUCUUUACGGUUUGCAAUAGAUACAUACUAACCAGACCUGCUCUGUUACACUUUGAAGGGUUACUUUUUUUUUUCUGUGCAGAUGUGUUUAAAGUAAACUUAUUUGUGUUUAUGCAUAUGUUCACAUAAACUCUUAAAUAAAUUCAGUCUUAACUGACUAAAAAGUUAAGCUUAAAAACAGAUGUCCUGUUCACUUGAAGAAAAGACCCACUUUUAAAAUCCUGUUUUAGAGAACUUGACCUUUUUUGUUACAAGUGACCUUGUCUGGAAUGUCUGAAAAGUAGUUAAUACUUUUUUGGGAUCUCUGUAAUGAGUAAAACUGACUUCUUAAGCUACAGUACCGGCUAUAUAUUUUUGUAAACUUAACAAGGAAGGGCCUUCUAUCGAGUCUUUGUGUGCACACACCCUAGUAAUUCUUAGGUCCUGGGAGCCAUAUUCUACGUCUGCAUGGAUAGAUGCAUGUACAGCUUAGCCUGCUAAAAGCUCUUGCCUGAAAUUGUUCUAAAUUCUGGGAGAGAGUACAGAGAGCUAUAAAGCAAUUUCUUUGUUCCUCAGCCAUAACUUAGCAUCAGCUUUCAGCACAACUGCUUUCUUCAGAUGAGGUUGUCUUUCAAAGCUAGUUGCAGGAGAACUUGAAGCCAGGCUGUCUGCCACUUUCACUGCCUGUAAAUUGCAGGUGUUGUUAGCCAAAGCUGGAGAAUUGAGAAGCUGCCUGUGCAUCGCUUGAUUCAUAGGCCAACAUCUACAUAACCAUUAGACAAAUUGUCCCUACAGUAACCAAACUCAGGGGGACAUGAUUUGAAUGAAAUGCUGUAUUAUGGAAAAACUUAAACUAUUUUGUGUGUACGUGUUUGGGGUGGGGCGGGGUGGAGAUUUUCUCUGUAAUACUGAUGACAAUAUUCUAGCUUUCUUUAUCCUAAAAGGUAAAUCACUUCAGACAAAGCUUUAAUUUCUUUUGCACUUCUGUUUUGAGCUUGUAACUAGAAAAGCAUGUCUUGCACUGUUCAGUCUCUCUGGUCACUUUAACAACCUCAGAGUUGUGUACAGUGAUUUUUUUCCCAUCUGUAUAUUUUUGGAACCUUAUACAAAUACCAUUGUCCUUGUUUUUGUUUAAUUGUACUAAACUAUGUAGCUUUAUCAUUUGACUUAUGUUUUUUUUUUUUUUUUUUUUUUUUAAUCAGCUGCUGGUUUGAGUUUAGGUGGUAUUGAAUUCAUCUUGAUGUGGCACUGAAAAACACGUACGCUGCUUUUACAGCUGUUCAAAAUCCUAAUACUAUUACCAGAGGUUAAAGUGCAGGCUUUCCUUAUGGUUUGUGUAGCUGUCAGCAUAACACAGUAGUUACACUUAAAUCACCAAGCAAAUCGGGAAUCUUCUGAUCAAAUGUUCUGGAAUUGUAGAACUGACAUUUUUCCUGAAGCUUAAGCUACAGCUUUUGCUUCUGGAACAUACUGACUCGUAUCAGAAGUAACACUGCCAAUGCCCAAUUUUUAGCAGACAUUUUAUUUUCAAAUAAACUUGUUUGCCAGAUUGAGGCUUUUAAGAAGGCAUGGUUCUUAAGAAAAGCAUGGAGCAAACGGUACAAGGUUAUCUGGGGGAGAAGUUAAACUGUUAAAAGGAUGAUUCGCUAUUAGUAGUCUUCCAUGGCUCUUAUUGUUUUUUUACUGUUACAGGUCUUCUGAAAAGAGGUAUCAGCUGUUCAGUUUUAAAAUACUGGCAUAUACUUUUUUUAAUAGUAAUUUUGAAUGAUUCUAAAGGUCAGUAUCAGAGCUGUAAUUACUUUGUAUCACUCAGUACAAAUUCACUUAAUGGUCUUUCAUGAUGGCAGAUUCAUGGAAUGGUCUAAUUACCAGAUGUUUGUGGUUAAAUACUUCUAAACAAGUAUAAGCCUGUGAACUACAUUUAUUGAAAAGCCUUAUUCAUGCGUAUCUUAAUAUACCUUAUUUUUAGUUCCCUUAUUCACUUCUACAAGAUGCAAACAACAUUCCUGCCUUUGCAACAUACAAACAUUCAGGUUACUGGGGAGUACUGUUUGUUUAUAUGUUGGUGAACCUCUAGCUGUGGAAACUGAGGUGGAAAGAACAACCACGUAUUUAUUGUUACAUGAAAUACUCUUUGUGAAGAGUGCCAAGUUGGAACCUUCAGCUCAAGGAAGUGUUGUGUGCUGCAAGUCAUCAGGUGCAUCCUGCUCCUCUGCACCCUACCAAAUACAGUAAAAUUGAACCAAGCCCGCUGAACUUAAUGGGUAGAGGGAAGGGUUACAAACGAGCUCUGAGGAAUGCCAUCAAGUACGCAACGAAAGUGUACAACCUAUUUAAAUUCCACUUCCUGGGGAGGGGGAAAGAGCUCAGUAUUGGAUGGUCCUGAAAAAAUGGGAAUAUGUACCAGUGGUACAGAAGGUAGAAGACAGAAUGUGCUAAUAGUUCAGACAAAAUAGCUGGAACGUGAACUUCUGACACUGUCUUGUCCCUUAUUUAAUAAAAAAAAAAAAAAAAGCAUGCAUUUUGCAAUAUAUGAGUGAGUUGAUGAUUAGGCUGAAGUAAAACUAAAUCACUUUUGACUUCACAAAUUUCUGUGCAAAUUUACAAGGCUUAGGAUGUCAACGUGCAAAAGUGCAGUGAUAGUAACAAUCAGUGAUUGUAUCAAGGAAGAACCUCUCACUAGGGAGACUACGGUGUUUUUAUGAGGUAACAUGAAAUUUUUUUUAUUAUUUUUAUUUGCAGCCAGCUAUCAGAUUGUGCAACAAUUUUUAUGACUUGGAGCAAGGGCUGAAACAGCUCCUCAGAGUUGAAAGAGAAAGUGAUAGUAUUGGUCUUCUGUAGUUAGUUUCUGAGAAUUGCUUAAAACUGAGGCUGGCCUUACUUUUUGAGCUUGUUU